AUGUCCGAAACAGAAUUCCUGAGUCUCCUAUUCCCCUGUGCUCAGCCUCUGUUGUCCCGGCCUCCUGAUGCGGAUGCGGAAGCCAGGAGGAUGAGGCGGCAGCUGCAAAAAGCAAAGGCAGCCACUGCUGAUCCAUUCAAACGAGACAGACUGUUGACACCGCUGCCCGUGUCGGGCCGGCAGCACAUGCAGCUUCAGACGGAGGAGCAUCUGAUUGAGUUGACUGAACACGCAAAGUCGUUCAUGGCUGAAACGCAAACUGAGCCGUGGAUGGACAGGCCGUCAACUCCAAUCUUCAGGCCUCAUCGAGAGGAAGUUCACGCAUCAACACAAAUCCUUGACGGGGAUCUGUUUGCGUUUGACGAAGAAGUCGUACCUAUUCUUGAGGUUAUUGUAGGCAAGGUGUUGGAACAGAGUAUAACUGAGGUCCUGGAAGAGGAAGAACUAGCUGCCCUUAAAAAGCAGCAGGAUGAAUACGAAAGGGCUCGCAUGCUAGAAUUGAUCGAAGUGCAGCGCCUUGAAGCUGCAGAGAGACGGCGAAGCGAAGAAAUACAAAGGAGGAGAGCCCAGGCUGAGGCAUGGCACGAAGUAAAACGGACGGCCUAUCGAAAAAUGUUAGCGAUGGACUUCGCCGCGACUCAUAGACGAGGGCGUUCCCAGUUGAUUCUGCGGCAGCUCGCUGAGUCCGCGAACUUGUUUAUGCAUCCGAAGGUGGGAGCUGUCUGUGUUAGUUUUUGGCCGUCGCUCCUGAAGCAGACCACCAGCCAGGUAUGCUUUCCAGCCCCUGCGGCAACAAGCCGCAGGCGAGGAGUUCCGUACAGCCUGCGGAAGCGCCUUCUUUCAGAUUACGCUGAGCGCGACAGAGACGUGGAGCGGAUGGUGAUGGAAAAGCAAGACGAGCAACGACGUGUUCGCCUCGAGCAACUUCGCUUCAAGGCUGAGAGGAGGGCCAGAAUCAAGCGCGAAGCCGAGGAACGAGAGGAGAUGCAAGCAGUCGAUACACUGGAGGCUGAGCGAGAGUGGGAGAUUGCCGAGGCUGCCCGCCUGGAGCAGGAAGCUCUGGAAGAAGCCCGCAGAGCGGAAGAGGAAGCUCUGCUGGAGGCCGAGAGGAACGCGAACAGGGCUGCCGGCCAACAACAGUGGGAAGGAAGCGAGGACGGGGAGGACUAG